CAGUUCACAUAGUUAGUAGACAGGUCUAAUCUUUAAAGCCAAGGAACACCACGCCGCAGACAUGAGAGUUUUCAGCAAGGUCAAUGUCGUGUUGAGAGUUUGCACCCGUAAUUAUGGAUUCACAGCGAUUCGACGGGACUAUGGCCCUGAUGCCGUAGAAAAACUUCGCGGAUCUCUAAAGAUUGAGCAAACUUUAGCAAGACGAGGAGCAGAGAGGCUUUGGGACCUGAUUAAUCGAGGGGAAGACUCUUAUGUGAAUGCUCUCGGCGCCAUGACUGGCGGUCAAGCAGUUCAGAUGGCCAAGGCCGGUUUACAAUCCAUUUACCUGAGUGGCUGGCAAGUAGCGGCAGACAGCAACAUGGCUGGACAGACAUAUCCUGAUCAGAGUUUGUAUCCUGCCAACUCAGCCGCUAAACUUGUUGAACGAAUCAACAACGCCUUCAUUAGAGCGGAUCAGAUAGCUCACAUGGAAGAAUCUGAUAAACACAUUGAUUUCUUUUUGCCCAUUGUUGCUGAUUGCGAAGCUGGAUUUGGUGGGCCGCUGAACGCCUUUGAACUCACCAAAUCAAUGAUUUGUGCUGGCGCAGCUGGCGUCCAUUUUGAAGAUCAACUGGCAUCAGAAAAGAAGUGUGGUCACAUGGGAGGCAAAGUUCUUCUUCCAACACAACAGUUCAUCAAGGUCCUCAACGCUGCUCGUCUAGCUACUGACGUCAUGGAUGUUCCCACUGUUAUCAUUGGACGAACAGAUGCCGAGUCAGCAGCCCUGGUCACGUCAGAUAUUGAUCCACGUGACCAACCAUUCCUGACCGGUGAAAGAACUCCCGAGGGAUUCUAUCGCUCAACUGCAGGUUUACAACAAGCCAUCGCUCGAGGACUAAGCUAUGCUCCAUACUGCGACGUGAUUUGGUGCGAGACAGGCAAACCUGACUUGGAAGAAGCUCACAUGUUUGCUGACGGAAUCCAUUCUGUGUUCCCAGGCAAACCGCUUGCCUACAACUGCUCUCCUUCCUUCAACUGGAAAGCCAACCUCAGCGAUAAAGAGAUCGCUGUAUUUCAGAAAGAACUCGGUAAAAUGGGCUACAAAUAUCAGUUCAUUACCUUGGCUGGUUUCCACUCGCUCAAUCACGCCAUGUUUAAGCUUGCACGUGACUACAGAGAUCAUGGUAUGUCUGCCUACACCAAGGUACAAGAAGACGAGUUUGCGCAGGCGCAGUUCGGCUUCACGGCACACAAACAUCAGAGGGAGGUAGGCACGGGAUAUUUUGACCAAGUGAGUAUGGCGAUCAGCGGAGGAACAAGUUCGACAACAGCGUUAGAAGGAUCAACUGAGCAAGAACAAUUCACUGAAAACAACUCAGACUCGGAAAAGUUUUCCGUUCAUUAAAAAUUAAUCAGAGAUUUAGUUUGUAAAUGACGUUUGUAAGUACUCAAUGUAUAUAACAAAGUGAAACGACAGUAAGAAGUUUACAAAAGCUAUUUAGUUGUCAAUGAUAACAAAAACAAUUUGAAGUUGAUAAGAGUGUUUCAAAAAUACUUCAUUAAUAUAUUGAAAAUAUAUUGAAGAGUGCAUUUUUCAGUAAGUAGAGUUCAUGAUGUCGAUCGGACUAACUAGUAUCAGUUGUACAGUGUGCGUAUUUAAGACCAAUUUGAAAUUCUUUUAGUAAACCAAAGAAAGAAAGUCCUUUGAAUGACAUCAGUGUUCUCAAUAUGUCUUUGAAGUAUUUAUGAAAAAAUUGGUCUGUCCUUUAGCUAAUAGCACUUUAAUGCCAAGCGAGCAGGCGACUGUAAACCUACAAUUCAGUGUCUAAUUGGCAACGUAUGAGGGUCGUACAGGGGGGGUCUCUGGCACGGUUCACGAACGGAGAAAACGGAGGAUCACGGAUCACGGAUAUAAAAAAUUUCGUUUUCCCGAAUCACGUAAAUAAGCUAGUAAGAUAUUCUUUUUAAUAACCUGUACUUACACUAGAAAGAGUGUUUGAAGAAAGCAAAAUCGUCAAGGCUCCAUAUUGCAAAUUGCAUAGCUAAGUCACUCUCGAUAGACGACUCUAACCAUUCGGAGGACUCGGGUCUCAAAAUCACGUGGAAUAGAGUGGUGAAAUCAUGAAUAUCGGUUAAUAAUUCAAGUUCUUCACGGGGCACGGAUAACAUUCAGGUCACGGAUUACGAAGAAUCAUUUCCUAAAUUCACGUUUCACGGAAAAUCAGCUAAUCACGCAUCACGAGAAUAUCCCUGUACGACGCUCAACAAUGCAUUCACUGACAAUAGGUGAAACCUAGCUAUAUCAUUAAUUGUCAUCAAUUGCUAACAAUUUCAUUCGUUUGGAAUGCUAGCCACCCAUAAGGCUAAGGUAAAACCUUUAGAGAGCUUUAUCCGCAGGGACUAAAUUAAGUUUACAACGGAUCGAUGAUCAAGCGUAAAAACGGAGUAAAAUAAUGAAUACAUCCUGGAGAUUGUACGUGGAUCGAAUUAUAAUUAAACACUAUAACACCGAAAA